ACGGCACUUCCGGGUUCCCUCGGUGCCGGCCGUGGUUCUCCGCUCAGCCGCGCCGUGUUCCUCCCCCGGCUCCCGCUGCUCCCGGGCUGCUCCUGGGCUGCUCCCGGGCAGCCCCCGCCGCGCCUCGGGGCUGCCAUGCCGGUGGCGGCCGCCGCCCCCCUGAUCAGCUCCGUGCAGAAGCUGGUGCUGUACGAGACCAGGGCUCGGUAUUUUCUAGUUGGAAGUAAUCCUGCAGAAACCAAAUACCGUGUUUUGAAAAUAGAUCGCACUGAACCAAAGGACUUGGUUAUUAUUGAUGAUAAGCAUGUUUAUACACAACAAGAGGUGAGGGAACUACUUGGCCGUUUAGAUCUGGGAAACAGAACAAAGAUGGGGCAGAAGGGCUCUUCUGGGUUAUCUCGAGCUGUCUCUGCUUUUGGUAUAGUAGGUUUUGUCAGGUUCUUAGAAGGCUACUACAUUGUGUUAAUAACAAAAAGAAGAAAAAUGGCAGAUAUUGGUGGUCAUGCAAUAUAUAAAAUAGAAGAUACAAAUAUGAUCUACAUUCCAAAUGACUCUGUAAGAGUCAGUCAUCCUGAUGAGGCCAGGUAUCUGAGAAUCUUUCAAAAUGUGGACCUUUCUAGCAACUUCUAUUUUAGUUACAGCUAUGAUCUAUCUCACUCCCUUCAGUAUAAUCUUACUGUCCUGAGAAUGCCACUUGAGACAUUAAAAACUGAAACAACCCAGACCCGACAAGAGAGCUUUGAUAUAUUUGAAGAUGAAGGACUUUCAACACAAGGGGGAAGCGGUGUAUUUGGGAUUUGCAGUAAACCUUACGAAAAGUAUGUGUGGAAUGCCAAGCUUCUGGAAGCAGUAAGAACUGCUGUUCAUCGUGACUGGCUGCUGUAUAUUAUUCAUGGAUUCUGUGGGCAAUCAAAGCUGUUAAUAUAUGGUCGCCCUAUAUAUGUCACUCUGAUAGCCAGAAGAUCAAGCAAAUUUGCUGGAACACGUUUUCUGAAACGAGGAUCAAACUGUGAGGGAGAUGUUGCUAAUGAAGUGGAAACUGAACAAAUACUUUAUGAUGCUUCAGUUAUGUCAUUUUCUGCGGGGAGUUAUUCUUCCUAUGUUCAGGUUCGAGGGUCUGUCCCUCUGUACUGGUCUCAAGAUAUUUCAACUAUGAUGCCUAAGCCACCCAUAACACUGGACCAAGCAGAUCCUUAUGCACAUGUUGCUGCUCUUCACUUUGACCAAAUGCUUCAAAGAUUUGGCUCUCCCAUUAUUAUAUUGAACCUUGUGAAGGAACGUGAAAAAAGAAAGCAUGAAAGGAUUCUCAGUGAAGAACUCGUUGCUGCUGUGACGUAUCUCAACCAGUUCUUACCCCCAGAACAUGCAAUUAUAUAUAUACCCUGGGAUAUGGCCAAAUACACUAAAAGCAAACUUUGCAAUGUCCUUGACAGACUGAAUGUGAUUGCAGAAAGUGUAGUAAAGAAGACUGGAUUUUUUGUAAAUCGACCUGAUUCCUACUGCAGUAUCUUGCGUCCAGAUGAAAAGUGGAAUGAACUGGGAGGUUGUGUUGUUUCCACUGGUCGUUUGCAGACUGGAGUUCUCCGAACGAAUUGUGUGGACUGUUUAGACCGCACUAACACAGCCCAGUUUAUGGUGGGGAAAUGUGCUUUGGCCUACCAGCUGUAUUCAUUGGGAUUGAUUGAUAAACCAAAUUUACAAUUUGAUACAGAUGCUGUAAGAUUAUUUGAAGAAUUAUAUGAAGAUCAUGGAGACACGCUUUCUCUGCAGUAUGGAGGCUCUCAGCUUGUGCACAGAGUGAAAACGUAUAGAAAGAUUGCUCCAUGGACUCAGCAUUCCAAAGAUAUUAUGCAAACACUCUCAAGAUAUUAUAGUAAUGCUUUCUCAGAUGCGGACAGGCAAGAUUCUAUCAAUCUCUUUCUGGGAGUAUUCAAGCCUGCAGAAGGAAAGCCACAUCUCUGGGAGCUUCCCACUGAUUUUUAUUUGCAUCACAAGAACACCCUUGGUCUGUCACAGACCAGGCAAAGCUAUACUUACUGGUGGACCACAGGUGUGCUAAAGCAUUUACCUCUUCCUUUUGAUGAAGUGACAUGUGCUGAAAACAGACGCAAGUUGACAGUGAAGAAAUUCCACAAAUACGAAGAGGAAAUUGAUAUCCACAAUGAGUUUUUUAGGCCAUAUGAGUUGAGCAGUUUUGAUGAGACUUUCUGCUUGGCAAUGACCAAUUCUACACGAGAUUUUAUGCCUAAGAAUGUGGGAAUUGAUCCAAGUCCAUUUACUGUUCGUAAACCUGAUGAAACUGGAAAAUCUGUGUUGGGGAACAAAAAUAAUAGAGAAGAAGCUGUGCUGCAGCGCAAAACAGCUGCUAGUGCUCCUCCACCCCCAAGCGAGGAAGCAGUGUCGAGUAGUUCUGAAGAUGAUUCUGGGACAGAUAAAGAAGAUGAAGGUGCUGUUUCUCAACGUUCAACUCCGGUAAAGGUGACUGAUACAGGAGACAAUACAAAAAUUACAGAGAAUGUAGUGCAAUCAACAAAAGAUGUGUAUGGGGUCAAUCUUUCAGAUAUCCCUUCAGAAGAUGAUCUUGCAAUAUAUGCAAGGUUUGUUCAGCUGGGACAGAGUCAGCAUAAACAAGACAAGGGGAGCCAGCAAUUUUGUUCAAAACACCCAUUGGAUAAGGUUAUAAAUUUAAUACCCAUCUCCUCCUUUUCUCAAGACAAUAUUUACGAAGUCCAGCCUCCAAGAGCUGAUAGGAAAUCGAUAGAGAUUUUCCAUGCACACAUUCAGGCUGGAAGAGGGAACAUGCAGCCCCUGGGAAAAGAUGACUUCCUCAUGUACAGAGAGUACAUUCGAAACAGAUACAUGUAAAUCCAAGCUGGAUUCUCCUGCAAAAUCUACUGUACUGAUAAGUCAUAAAAAUAAUUUUAGAAAGGAAAUCUAGUUAUGUUCUUUUGCAGUAAUGAAUUUAUUACUAACUUUUCUAUUUAUUAUUCUUUACUGUUAUCCAUUUGUUGUAUUGUGCUUUAGGGAAAAAGGUGAUUUAAUAUCUGAUUUAAAAGGUUAUUUAAUAUCUUUUUAGCUGAAAGUAUCUUAAGAGACUAAGUGAAUAAUCAGAGCACCCAGAGUCACUAGAGAGUAUGUAGCAAUUUAUGGCAAAGAAAAUACGGCAUCUUUAGUUUUUCAUAUUAAUUUCUUACAUUGUUAUCUUUGCUAAUAAAACUGAAGUGAUUUGUACAAAAGAAUCAGAAGAGAAGAGUUUUCUUCCUCUUUGUUCCAUGACAGAAAACAAUCUUUUUUUACAGCAGAUUAUUUUCUGGUACUUCUUGAGGUUUUUAGCCAAGUGAGUGCUAGAAUGACUGCUUGCAAUUUGCUGCUUUCUUAAGCAAAAGUGAAAAAUAUGUGGCUUAUGUCAAAAUCAAAAUUUGCAUCAACACUAAUAAACUUUGUAACCCUAAUAUGCAUCAAAACUAAUCUCACUGGUGCUGGUAGCUGCAGAAUCUGUGCCACAUACUGCGGGGUGAAGAUGGCUUGUGACUAAUUAUCACAGGCUUCUAGUAGGAGUCUGAGGAGAACCCCAUAAUGACAGCAUCUGCAAAUGAGGGAAUGUUCUUCAUGUUAUUGUGUUUGGACACCUAGAGAGUGCCAAACUAUCCUGUCAUUUUUCUGUAUGACAGGCAUUACUUUUGUUGAAGCAUACUCUUCCCAUCCCUGUAAAUUUGCUCCUGUGAGAUAGCUUCAGGUCCAAGCCUGGAGCCUCCCCGGCAAGGGGUGUCAGUAAGUGACCAGACCAGCUGGGGUGAUCAUGCAAGAGGAAGCAGUAGUUGGGUUAGGCAAGACUGAACAUCACAUCCUGUGCUGGGUAAGAAGUGAAGAGGCAGCAGGUGUUUAAAUAGGUUCUUUUGGGGUUUUAAGUCAAACAUUUCUCAAAAUUAGGAAAAAAAAAAAAAAAAGGAGGGGAGGAAGCCUACUAUUUGCAAUUGCAGGCUGAAAUUCCCAACACUGUAGCCCUUUGCCUUGAAGAAUACUGACAGUAUCACCAGCAUCCUUGACAAAACAUUUUGUUCCACAAGCUUGAACAGAUCAUGUUUCAGAAUUUUCUGGAAUAGCAGAAUAAUUGUUUUAGGGAUGUGGCCAACUGCAUGUAACAGAUGUGGAGAACAUGUUUGUGUUCACAGUAAAUUGCUUUUCAGGCAGCUACUGCAGAUUCGUGGCUGCUCACUGCAAACAUGUUUGCAUAUCUUUGAAUAUUUUAUGCAGUAAGUUGCGCGUCUGUCAGUAAUUCAAUAUAAGAAAAGAUGUGGUGGGUAAAGGAAAAAAAGGUUUCUUGUGGUACAAGUUUGUGUGUCUCAGGGAAGGACUUGCAUGCAGUCAGAGUGAGAACAUGGUACCUUGAGCUACCAAAGCGUUUUGGUGUCCAUUCUCUUUUGUUAAUUGUUUUGAGCCAAAUGGUUGUAUUUUAGGAGAUGCAAGAAUGAAUUGUCACUUUAGAUAAUACUUCAUUGCAACUGUCAGUGUUUUUUUCCUCUGGAAAAAUAAACCUAUACUGAAUUAUUUUGCCCAAUAUGAAAAUAAUUAGAAGGAAUAAAUGCUUGCUUUGAAAAAAAUGUAAA